ACAUGCAGCCAUUUACAAUUGUUGAAGAUGAAGGGUUCAGAGAAUUGUUAGAAGAGUUUGAUCCUGCUUAUAAACUUCCUUCAAGAAAAACUUUGAGCAACAUUUUGUUGCCAGAACCAUAUGAUGAGGUUGUUCAGAAAGUAAAGAAUUUACUAAAAAAUUCGGAGUAUUUGACGAUUACGACAGAUACUUGGACUUCCACAGCUGUUGUGAAAGUUAUUUGGCCAUAA